UGAGGCAGCCCGCACUUCCGCUUGAAUCGCGCUGUCACUCAAAGCCGUCUCCCGCCCCGCGCGGUGACGUAGCGCUUUCUUCUCCGCUUGUCUGCAGCACCGGACGGAGGUCUGUGGAGCCGCGGAGCCGCAGAGCCGCGGCGCUGCCGAGUCUGGCGCUCAGAGCGGCACAUCUCAGCGAGAUUGCGCGCUGCCGCCGCCCUGCCCCCCGGACCAUUCACUGGUAACCAGUACCGGGUCGCUUUGCCAAGAGUCCGGAGGAACAAAGGAAUCGGGGAGGCGAGACGGUCGGCUCCCAGCCGCUUGCUCCGAGUGGCUUUCUCUUCCGCUCGCUCCGAACCAGAGAAGCUGGGUUUAUAAUCGUCACUGGAUCGUAAGUAUCCGAGGCGAAGAGAGCUCACUGCGCCCCGCUUUUUGACUGCCUUUGCUCCGGGAAAGUGUGGAUUGGGAGUGUCAGCUGGGGCCGUAACUUUCUGUGCUGCAAAUCACUCUGCAGAAGCCACCAUUUGCUUUUCUGCUCGCUAGCUCUCUGCAUUGUCCGGCAGCGGCAUCUAGAGGUUGGAACUUGGCAUUGCAGCUAAUAUAUUUAAAUGGACCUAACUGAAUAAGCCAGUUAUUGUCAGUAACAACGUAUUAAGUCACAGCAUAUUUAAAAAGACUUGGUGCUUAAUUUAAAAUUAAGAAAGUAGAUGCUUAGCUGCUGUAAUACUUAAAUAUUUCAAUUCAUAACAAACUGGUCUUUCUAACUGUUGCAAUAACUGGAACUUUUUAGUGCAACAAGUGGCUAUUAGAGAAGUGAGUCACAAAGAAAGAAAGAUGAGUAAGAGCAAAGAUGAUGCUCCUCACGAACUAGAGAGCCAGUUCAUCUUACGUCUCCCUCCGGAAUACGCCUCUACCGUGAGGCGGGCAGUACAGUCUGGCCAUGUCAAUCUGAAGGACAGACUGACAAUAGAGUUACACCCAGAUGGGCGCCAUGGAAUUGUCAGAGUGGACCAGGUCCCACUGGCCUCAAAAUUGGUAGAUCUGCCUUGUGUUAUGGAAACAUGUGCUGCUGCUGCUGAUCCCAAAGCAAGCAAAAAAAAGGAUAAGGACAAAGAGAAGAAGUUCAUAUGGAACCAUGGAAUCACUCUGCCUCUAAAAAAUGUCAGAAAGAGAAGGUUCCGGAAGACAGCAAAGAAGAAAUAUAUUGAAUCUCCAGAUGUGGAAAAAGAAGUGAAGCGUUUGCUGAGUACAGAUGCUGAAGCUGUCAGUACCCGUUGGGAAAUAAUUGCUGAAGAUGAAACAAAAGAAACAGAGAAUCAAGGCCUUGAUAUCUCUUCUCCAGGAAUGUCUGGCCACAGGCAAGGCCAUGACUCAUUAGAACAUGAUGAGCUUCGGGAGAUUUUCAAUGACCUCAGCAGCAGCAGUGAAGAUGAAGAUGAGACACAGCAUCAAGAUGAGGAAGAUAUAAACAUCAUCGACACCGAAGAAGAUCUGGAAAGACAGCUACAGGACAAGCUAAAUACGUCAGAUGAACAGCACCAAGAAAAUGAGGGGACCAAUCAGCUGGUUAUGGGAAUUCAGAAACAGAUUGAUAACAUAAAAGGCAAGCUCCAAGAGACCCAGGAUAGGGCAAAACGGCAGGAAGACCUCAUCAUGAAAGUGGAAAACCUGGCCCUCAAGAACAGGUUUCAGGCUGUGCUGGAUGAGCUCAAACAAAAGGAAGACCGAGAAAAGGAGCAGCUCAGCUCUUUGCAAGAAGAGCUAGAAUCACUCCUAGAAAAGUAAGAAGAGUUUUGUUAACUUACUCUCAUCCUGUAGAGUGGUCAACAUUGGGAGAAAAAUUUUGGCUUCACCUGGACUAAAUCUAACUUUUCAGUAAUUCCCAAUUCCUCUGCUGCCUUCUAUUGAAUUCAUCUUACAGACAACUAUACAUGUGAAUUUCUAUUUCACUUGUCUCUCAGAACUUGGCUAGGUGUUUAUCCUGUAGAAAGGAGUAAUGUAUGACCGAUAAAUG